AUGGCAGGCCUCGAGCUCAAUGUCGACUGGAGGUCGAAUGGAUGGGCUAUUGCCUACUGUUUGGUGGCUGCCAUCGGCGCCCUUUGCUACGGUUACGAUACGAUCUACUAUACUGGUAUUCAGGGUAUGAAAUGGUUUGCCAUGGACUAUGGCGAGCAAACUGCAGAUGGCUCUUGGGAACUUGGAACAACAUUCCUCUCGCUGUCUGCUAGUAUCAUCUAUGUGGGAGAAUUGGUUGGCGCUAUUGCAGCUGCUCCCAUCAAUGACUUCUUCGGCCGACGCAUUGUCUUCCUCUCGGCUUCUCUAUUUAUCAUUAUUGGUGCCAUCGUGCAAGCGUGCUCCUUUGGCUCUGACCCUGUCUUCUAUGUCAGUCGUGUCCUGAUUGGCUUAGGCAUCGGACAGUUCACCGCUACCUGUCUGAUGUACAUUGGAGAGGUGGCACCUUCUGCUAUCAGAGGUCCAGCUCUUAUGUCCUUCCAGUUCAUGCAGUCCAUCUCGCAACUGGUGGGAGCCUGUGUCAACCAAGGUACAGAAAAGAUCAACAGUGCCAACUCCUACCGCAUCCCCAUGUGCCUGCUGGUUGUCCUUCCAGGUAUCAUGCUUUUGUGUCUUCCUUUCACGCCUGAGAGCCCAGUGUGGUACAUGUACAAGGACAAGCGCGACAAGGCAAUCAAGGCUCUUCGCAAAAUCAAUCGCAGUGCUCGCGACUAUGACCCCUCGAUGGACAUUCAGGCUAUCGACGAUGCCGUUCAGAUCGAGCGUGAGAUGUCCAAGGACGCUUCUUGGGCCUCCCUCUUCAUGGACCCCGUUGAGCGCCGUAAGCUCUUCUAUGCCUGUGGUGUCAUGUUCGUCCAACAGAUCAACGGUAUUCAGUUCUGGUACACCUACGGUGUUGUCUUUGCUCAGUCCAUUGGCGUUGCGGACCCCUUCACCAUCAACACUAUUAUCUACGUCCUGCAAAUUGUCACUGUCGGCGUGUCUGUCGUCUUCGGAAACAAAAUCAAGCGUCGCACUAACCUCCUUACCUGCUCGAUGGGUAUCUUCAUCUCCCUCAUCGCCGUCGGAGGUCUGGGCACCACCCGAGCCGCAGAUGGCUCUUUCAGCCGUGGCAUCGGCAUCGGUAUCGUCGUGCUCGCCUACCUCAACAUCAUCUUCUACAACUUCUCGAUCGGUACCCUCUCUUACUCCAUUGCCUCAGAAAUGUCCGUCGGUCGCAACAGAAAUAAGAUCACAUCGUGCGCCAUGGCCGUCUUCUUCCUCACUGUUUGGCUCAUGGUCUUCACCAGCCCCUACAUGUACUAUGACGGCAACCUUGGACCCAAGAUUGGCUUCGUCUAUGGAGGAACCACUCUGCUUUUGCUGGCAUUUUCUUGGUUCUGUGUUGGUGAGACCGCGGGUCGCAGCAAUGCGGACAUUGAGAGACUCUUCCAGGACAAGGUUCCUGUUCGCCAGUGGGCGACUUAUGUUAUCCCCACCGAUGAAGUGACAUACAUCAAGAACAAGGAUGCUGAAGAUGAGCAGAUUGAGAUGGCAUGA